GCCCUGGCGCUCCCCGCCCCGCAGCCGCCCGAGCGGAGCCGCCGCGGCCGGAGCCCGAUGCCGGGAGCUGAGCGCUGAGGGCCGCCCCGAGAUGGGGAUUCUCAGCAUCACGGACCAGCCUCCUCUGGUCCAAGCCAUCUUCAACCGCGAUGUAGAGGAAGUGCGGUCGCUGCUGAAUCAGAAGGAGAAUAUCAACGUACUGGACCAAGAAAGACGAACACCUCUGCAUGCUGCUGCCUACAUAGGAGAUGUUGCAAUCCUCGAGCUCCUCAUACUGUCAGGUGCUAAUGUCAAUGCAAAGGACACUGUUUGGCUCACCCCGCUGCACCGCGCUGCGGCUUCUCGCAACGAGGGCAAGUUACCACACAUCAGCUGGCCUUGUGGAUUGUCUGAUUGGCAGCAGGCAGGAGAUGAAAUGCGUGAGCGCAAAGCUCUGCCAGGGGCGUUUGCUGCGGGCUGGGAGCGUGUGGAAAGUCGCUGCAUGUCCAGGAGGCAGGAGGUGCUGCGAGUGUGGGGCUGCAGCGCACGGCCGCUCAGCAAAAAGGGAAUCGCUAAAGCACUUCACCUCCUCCUGAAGCACUCGGCAGACGUCAAUGCCCGCGACAAGUAUUGGCAAACGCCUCUGCACGUCGCCGCUGCCAACCGGGCCACCAAGUGUGUGGAGGCCAUCAUCCCCCUGCUCAGCACUGUCAAUGUCGCCGACCGCACGGGCCGCACUGCGCUGCACCACGCCGUGCACAGCGGCCACCUCGAGAUGGUGAACCUGCUGUUAAACAAAGGGGCCAGCCUGAGUACCUGCGACAAGAAGGAUCGCCAGCCCAUCCACUGGGCGGCUUUUCUGGGGCAUUUGGAAGUUCUGAAGCUGCUGGUGGCCCGGGGAGCCGACGUGACGUGCAAGGACAAGAAGGGCUACACCCUGCUGCACACGGCGGCGGCCAGCGGGCAGAUCGAGGUUGUGCGUCACCUGCUGCGGCUGGGCGUGGAGAUCGACGAACCAAAUUCCUUCGGUAACACUGCACUUCACAUCGCCUGUUACAUGGGCCAAGAUGCCGUGGCCAACGAACUGGUUAAUUACGGCGCCAACGUCAAUCAGCCUAACGAGAAGGGCUUCACCCCUCUGCACUUUGCUGCUGUCUCCACCAACGGGGCCCUGUGCCUGGAGCUCCUCGUCAACAACGGGGCUGACGUCAACUUUCAGAGUAAGGAAGGGAAGAGCCCCCUGCACAUGGCUGCCAUCCACGGGCGGUUCACGCGUUCGCAGAUCCUCAUUCAGAAUGGCAGUGAGAUUGACUGUGCUGACAAAUACGGCAAUACCCCCCUCCACGUUGCUGCUAGAUAUGGCCACGAGCUGCUAAUUAGUACUUUGAUGACGAAUGGUGCUGACACUGCAAGGCGUGGGAUCCACGACAUGUUCCCUCUGCACUUAGCUGUUCUCUUUGGAUUUUCAGACUGUUGUCGUAAGCUACUUUCCUCAGGUCAGUUGUACAGCAUCGUCUCCUCGCUGAGCAAUGAGCACGUGCUGUCUGCAGGCUUUGAUAUCAACACACCUGACAACCUUGGGAGGACUUGCCUCCACGCUGCUGCUUCUGGAGGGAACGUUGAAUGUCUUAAUUUGCUGUUGAGCAGCGGUGCUGACUUGAGGAGGAGAGAUAAAUUCGGAAGGACUCCACUGCACUACGCAGCUGCCAACGGCAGCUAUCAGUGUACGGUGACGCUGGUCACUGCAGGAGCCAGUAUUAACGAGGCUGACUGUAAAGGCUGCACCCCCUUACACUAUGCUGCUGCUUCGGACACGUACAGGAGAGCAGAGACUCAUUCAGGAAACAGCCAUGACACUGAUGAGGAGCCACUGAAGGAGUCCAGGAUGAAGGAGGCAUUCUUUUGUUUAGAGUUCUUGCUGGAUAAUGGUGCUGACCCAUCCCUCCGGGACAAGCAGGGAUACACAGCUGUCCACUAUGCAGCUGCGUAUGGCAACAGGCAGAACCUUGAACUGCUCCUGGAAAUGUCUUUUAACUGCCUGGAGGAUGUGGAAAGCACCAUUCCAGUCAGCCCUUUGCACUUAGCUGCCUAUAAUGGUCACUGUGAAGCCCUGAAGACACUUGCAGAAACCCUCGUGAACCUGGACGUGCGGGACCACAAGGGGCGCACAGCCCUGUACCUCGCCACGGAGAGAGGCUCCACCGAGUGCGUGGAGGUGCUCACCAGCCACGGCGCCUCCGCCCUGGUGAAGGAGAGGAAGAGGAAGUGGACCCCUCUCCACGCUGCAGCUGCCAACGGGAACACUGAUUCCCUGCACCUCCUGAUAGACAGCGGGGAGCGGGCAGACAUCACCGAUGUCAUGGACAUCCACGGCCAAACCCCACUGAUGCUGGCGAUCAUGAACGGCCACGUCGACUGCGUCCACCUCCUCCUGGAGAAGGGAUCCACAGCUGACGCAGCCGACAAGAGAGGAAGGACCGCCCUGCAUCGGGGGGCUGUAACGGGCUGCGAGGACUGCCUGGCUGCUCUGCUGGACCACGAUGCCUUCGUUCUGUGUCGGGAUUUCAAAGGCCGGACCCCGAUCCACUUUGCAUCGGCGUGUGGGCACUUAGAAAUCCUGAGGACCUUGCUGCAGGCAGCCCUCUCUACUGACCCCCUGGACUCUGUGGUGGACUACAGCGGUUACUCGCCAAUGCACUGGGCUUCGUACAGCGGGCAUGAAGAUUGUCUUGAAUUGUUACUUGAACACAAUCCGUUUGCAUACUUAGAAGGAAACCCCUUUACUCCAUUGCACUGUGCAGUAAUUAACAACCAGGACAGCACUGCUGAAAUGCUGGUGGAAGCAUUAGGUGCCAAGAUUGUUAAUAGCAGAGAUGCCAAAGGAAGGACACCCCUUCACGCUGCUGCCUUUGCAGACAACAUCCAUGGUUUACAGCUGCUUCUGCGCCACCAAGCCGAGGUGGACACGACUGACAAGCUGGGGAGGACUCCCCUCAUGAUGGCCUCAGAGAACGGGCACACCGCAGCCGUUGAGUUCCUGCUGUACCAAGCAAAAGCAAAUAUAACUGUGCUGGAUGUCAACAAGAACACAGCUCUUCACCUGGCCUGCAGCAAGGGUCAUGAAAAGUGUGCCUUGUUGAUCCUGGGGGAAACCCAAGACCUUGGCCUUAUCAAUGCAAGUAACAGUGCUCUGCAGAUGCCGCUCCACAUCGCUGCACGGAACGGGCUGGCCGCCGUUGUCCAGGCCCUGCUCAGCAGAGGUGCCACCGUGCUGGCUGUGGAUGAAGAAGGUCACACCCCAGCCUUGGCGUGCGCCCCCAACAAGGACGUUGCCGACUGCCUGGCACUUAUCCUCUCCACCAUGAAGCCUUUCCCACCUAAAGACGCCAUCAGCUCUUUCAGCUUCAACCUCCUCAAGAACUGCGGCAUCGCAGCCAAAACCGCGGCCUGCGGGGCGCUGCCCAACGGCAGCUCCUGCCCCUACGGCAAGGACCGGCACGGCGCCAUCGGCUUGGACGGCUGUUACUCGGAGUAGCUUAAACUAUGGGUGACCUAAUAUCUUAUUAUAUUUAUUUAGAAAUUCUAUAAAUAUAGGGCACUUUAAAGGAGAACAAGACUGGGCGGGCCUUCUAGCGCGGCCGUGCACACCAAGAGUUCAACGCUUCUUGCUGAGUGGCGGCGCAGUGCUGCUGGAGCAGGGCUGCCCUGAGC